UCUAAGAGCUGCGCUCUAACAAUGGAAACAGAGGAGGCGUAAAGCUAGGGCAAACGGCAAGCAGACUCUAGGGGUAGAAACAAACAUUAACACCAAAAAUGCAAAUGCUUCCCACUCAACUCCUUAUUGAAUUAUUUGAUUAAUACUCCACCAACGUUUUUAAACCCAUCUUCCAUUAUUCUUUGCUCUGCUCCUGACUCAGCUUUAACAUUAUUUAAUGACGAUCUCUAGAUGUUUUUCUCCUCCCGCCCAUCUUCCUACUUCUGCACCUGAAGGAUAAAAUAGCAUAAUUUUUUUAAUUUUUGUAAAACGUUUUCCCCCUUUUUCUUACAUGCCAAAUGGAGCCUUUCCAAACCCAGCACCAUUUCACAUUCUGUCAUGGAGUUCUCCUUUUCUCUCUUCCUUUUCUGCAUUGGGUUCUCUCUGUAGAUACUGUUUUUCUGCCAAAUAUACCGGCAUUGGACUCAGACCCUUCCUUGCCCCUCACCAAUCAGAGUACAAGAACAGGCCAUCUCAUCAAUGGAAAUAAUAACAUCAUACUAAACCCUACAUUUGAGGAUGGCCUUAGUAAUUGGUCUGGCAAGGGCUGCAAGAUUCUUUUGCAUGAGUCAAUGGGAGACGGAAAAGUCCUUCCACUAUAUGGAAAGUUCUUUGCUUCUGCAACAAAUCGUACAGAGAGUUGGAAUGGGAUUGAGCAGGAGAUCACAGGAAGAGUGCAACCAAAGCUUGCUUAUGAGGUUACUGCUGUUGUUCGGAUAUAUGGUGGGAAUGUCACCAAUGCUGGAAUACAGGCCACAUUAUGGGUCCAAAGCCCAGAUAUUCAUGAUCAGUACAUUAGAAUUGCAAUUUUACAGGCAACAGACAAAGAUUGGGUGCAGUUGCAGGGGAAAUUCCUCCUUAAUGGUUCCCCUUUAAGAGCAAUUAUAUUUCUAGAAGGUCCUCCUCCUGGCACUGAUAUUCUUAUUAAUAGUUUGGUUGUCAAGCAUGCUGAGAAGGUUCCCCCUUCACUUCGACCAAUCAUGAAGGGUGAAGCUUUUGGAGUGAAUAUAAUUGAGAACAGCAAUGUCGAUGAUGGGAUUAAUGGAUGGAUUCCUCUAGGUGAUUGCACUUUAAGCAUAGGGAUUGGUUCACCAAUUGAACUCCCUGGACUUAAUGAGUGUCUAAGUGGACGCUACAUACUUGUAACAAACCGGACAGAAACUUGGAUGGGUCCUGCACAGAUGAUCAGUGGCAAACUGAAACUCUACUUGACAUAUCAAGUAUCUGCUUGAGUUAGAAUUGGUCCUGGAUCUACUAGUCCUCAGAUAGUCAAUGUUGCACUUGGUGUUGAUGGGAAUUGGGUCAAUGGAGGCCAGGUUGAGUUUAAUGAUGAAAGGUGGCAUGAAGUUGGUGGGUCCUUUAGAAUCGAGAAGCAACCAUCUAAUAUUAUGGUUUAUGUACAAGAUCCUGCUGCUGGUGUUGACUUAAUGGUUGCUGGACUUUGUAUUUUCCCUGUUGACAGAAGGGGAAGGUUGAAAUUUUUGAAAAAGCAAACUGAUAAGAUACGUAAACGUGAUGUCAUUGUAAAGUUCGCAAAAUCAGAAGUAAUCAAUGUCAGUGGUGGCUUUGUGAAAGUGAAACAAACACGAAACAGUUUUCCUUUUGGCUCAUGCAUGACAAGAAGAAGCAUAGACAAUGAAGACUUGGUUCGUUUCUUGGUAAAAAAUUUUAACUGGGUUGUGUUUGGAAAUGAAUUAAAGUGGUCCUGGACAGAACCACAACAAGGUAACCUUAACUAUAAGGAUGCUGAUGAGCUCUUGGAAUUUUGUAAGAACAACAACUUGGAAAUUCGAGGCCACUGCAUCUUCUGGGAGGUGGAAUAUGCAAUACAACCAUGGGUCCAGUCACUUAACAAGCGUGGUUUGAUUACAGCCAUUGAAAACCGUCUAACCGACCUUCUCACACGUUACUAGGGAAAAUUUAGGCACUAUGAUGUAGAUAAUGAGAUGCUGCGUGGAUCUUUCUAUAAAGAUAGACUGGGUGAAGAUAUCCAAGCGAACAUGUUCAAAACAUCCCAUCAACUGGACCCAUCCGCCAUCCUUUUUGUUAAUGAUUAUCACAUUGAGGAUGGAUCUGAUGUUAGAUCAUCACCAGAGGAAUACAUGGAACUUGAUCUGCAACAGCAAGGUGCUCCUGUGGGACACAUUGACAGUCCGGUGGGGCCAGUUGUUAGUUCUGCCCUGGAUAAGUUAGGUACGCUUGGUUUUCCAAUCUGGUUUACAGAGCUUGAUGUGUCUUCCACCAAUGAGUUUGUUAGAGCAGAUGACUUGGAAGUAAUGCUGCGUGAAGCAUUUCCCCAUCCUGCAGUGGAAGGCAUAAUUCUAUAUGGAUUUUGGGAGUUGUACAUGUCCAGAGAAAAUGCACAUUUAGUGAAUGCAGAAGAUAAGAUCAAUGCUGCUGGUAAGAGGUAUCUUGCUCUUAAGAAAGAGUGGUUGACUCAUGCUCCUGGUCAUAUCGAUGCGCAAGGUGAAUUUAGAUUUCGAGGCUUUUAUGGAACAUACAAGAUAGAAAUCAGUUCCCCUACCAAGAAAAUCAACAGGACCUUUGUUGUUGACAAGGGAGAAUCGCCUUUGGCGAUUAACAUUGACCUAUAGUUUCUUGAACUUGUCUGUGCCCCACAUUCAUUUGGAAUCAGUAGCCAGUUUCUGAUUAUUGAAUAAAGAUACAAUAAUCAAUGUGACCUUGCAGUAAACAAAUAGAAGAUUCUUUAGAAAAUUUGUGGUCUUGGGUUAAAUUUUUCUUCACAUUGACAUCUUGACGUAGGAAUAUGGACUCCAUAAUA